GCACCAUACUCUCUCUCUCUCUCUCUCUCUCUCUCUCGUCCUCUGCUACACAACGCCACCGUCUGCUUCUCUACUUUCUAUCUGCCUCUAUUUCUCUAGGGUUAUCUUUGGCUCUCGUUAACAUCUCUUAAAAGCCAACACAAUCUUCCACCUCUCUCUCUCUCUCUCUCUCUCUCUCUCUCUAUAUAUAUAUAUAUAUAUAUAUAGACCUUUGUAUAUGCAAGUGCUGGCUGUGAUGGCAGCACCACCAGUGAAGCCUCAGCCUCUGCAUAACUUCCCGCUGUCUCUAAAAUGGGGACAGACAACCGUGCUUUCUGCCCCGACCAACCACCAACAUCGGAGUAGCAGUAGCGGCCGUCUCACGUCCGCGCUUGCACCCGACUCUGAGACCGAAUCUGACCCGGAACUAACGACAAUCCGGCAUCCUCCCCGUGUCGGAUCGCGCUCUGCUCGCGUCCACCGCUUCUCCUUUACCUCUUGCUCCUCCUCCCUUAUCCCAAAACUAAAAAAUUCAUCGACGGAAAAUCUGCAGAAACAAACAACGGUUUUGGAAGUCGCUGAAAAGACACAGAAGCAAGUCACGGUUUUGGAAAACAACGGAGCGGACGCUGAAGACGAAGAAGAGGAGGAGGAGGAGGAGGAGGAGGAGGAGGAGAAACAAAAGCAAGCAGAGGAAGAAGGGAAUUCGAGGCCGUGGAAAUUGAGGCCAAGAAAAGGGAUUUUGGCGGCUAAGAAUGGAGGGGAAUUAAAGGAAGCGGUGAUGCUGCAUGUAAAUGAGCAGAGGGAGAGGGAGACUACGCCGCAGCUUCAGCCGAAAUCGAUGAGAUUGAGGGGAUUGGUAGAGUCUGCAGGAGGAGGCGGGGGGGUCUGCUUGGAGAAGAAGGAGAAGAGGAAGUUCUGGAUAGCUCUAUCAAGAGAAGAGAUUGAGGAGGAUAUUUUCGCUUUGACUGGGUCGAGACCUGCUAGGAGGCCCAUGAAACGACCCAAGAACGUGCAGAAAGUGCUUGAUAAUUUUUUUCCUGGGUCGUGGUUGGUGGGAACUACAGCUGAUUCUUAUAGAGUUGCCGAUCCUCCGAUGAAGAGGUAAAUACUACUAAGGAUCAUCAGAUAUUUGAGGUUUCUGGAACGUUUGAAGUGCUACUCUUCCUCAAUUUGAGGUAUUAUAAGGGAGUCUGUAAAAAUACAGAGGUUGUAAUCCAAAUAGAAGGAAGAAAUGUGAGAAAUUGAUAUCAAAAUUCUCAGGUUAUCAUUUCGUGUUGCUCUUUGGGAUAUGAUGAAGGGACCUAGUUUAGUCUAUUUUUUCCUUUUCUGUGGUAAUUUUAAGAUGUAAAACAUUGAACAAAGACAGAUGAAUAGAGAAUUUAAUUGCCUUUCAUUUUA